AUCCACCUUCUGAAACCCAGUGCUUUCACUCGCACUUUGAGCCUUUAACCCUUUUCGACGCCUGUCCUGAUCGCCAUGUCUGCGGCCACUGUUGAGAUCAACGACGCUAUCUUCUGCCAGGCGCAUCUCAAGGAGGUCUGCAAGGAGUGCGACUAUGACGGCAGAGAGGAGAACGACGGUUUCUACGGUUUCGACUUUAUGGACCGUGAGGGAAUCGAGGCUCCGUUGUCCUCCACCACCAAGGACGGAGAGUAUCAGUGCAAGAAGCAUGGGUCGACCACUUGCAACCAAUGCUACGGAUGGAAGAAGCAGAUCACUCGUGCUCGCGCUGCUGCGAAGAAGGCCGGGAAGAAGUCUUCAUAGAUGUCGAAAGUUGACGAUCGGGCAAAGUCUUCGCGCAGACAAGAGGAGAGGAGGAAUCUAAUCAUUGUUGUAACUUUAAGAAAUGUGACAUACAUACAUACCUGUCAAUUGUACCAUUACCAUCC